AUGGAUCAUUCUUUUAAUGAUAAAAAAUUUGUUGCAGUUGUUACAGGUGCAACGGAAGGUAUUGGACAUCAAUUGACGUUAUCCUUAAGUGAAAUUGCAGGAAAUGAUUCUAUAAUAUAUAUUAUUGGAAGAGAUAUUAAAAAAUUAUCAGAAUUACGUAAUGCUAUUAAUUUAAAGUAUCAAAAUAUUCAAUGUGUUUAUUGGUGCAUUGAUUUUGAGAAGGAUGAUGAUGAACCAUAUGAAAAAUUAUCAAUUGCAUUUGAAAAUGAUAUUAAAAAAGAUGGUGUUCAAAAGAUUGGCAUAUUUCAUAUUGCUGGUAAUAUUGGUGAUAUAAAAAAUAAGGCACAAGAUAUUAUUUCAAGAAAAAGUUGGGAUUCUCAUUUAAAAGUUAAUGUAACAUCAAUGAUUUUACUUAAUAAUAACUUGCUUAAAAGUAUCAGAAAUUGUAGUUUAGAGUAUAUGACAACCAUUGUAUCUAUUACAUCUCUUUUAGCAAUUAAACCAUUUAAAUGUUUUUCUCAGUAUUCUGUUGGGCAUGCUGCUAGAGAAGCUUUUUUUAGAUCACUUGCCAUUGAAAUGCCACAACUAAGAAUUUUGUCAUAUUCUCCAGGACCAGUUAAAACAAGGUUGAGAGAUUACGUCAGUAAAAAUGCUUAUGACGAAGAUAUUCGUUAUGCUUUUUCUCAUGAUGAUAAUCAUGAAAGUGGUGGUCGUGUUAUUUCAACAGAAGAAACCAUAGGAAAACUUCUUGAAUAUUUAAGGAAAGAUAAAUAUGUUAGUGGUUGUAGAGUGGAUAUUUUUGAUAUUUAA